AGUGAUCUGUGCAUGCCAUUGACGUUGCUCGCUUGAAUUGAUGUGACAUCGGAUCGGAUUCAUCGGAAGAUAUUUACUUACUUUCCGCGACAAAUAAAUGAUAGAGAUAACUUGUUUUACUUGGUUUUAACCAAGUUAUUUCCAGUAAUAAUGGCUAGCUGUGGGGAAUUUAUCAAAAAUCAAUUUCCUCUUAUAGAUGAGGAGUUAAAAAAAUAUGUUGAAGACAUAUUGGACAAUAGUGCCGGAGAAUUUGAAGAUACAGAGGAAGUGUACGAGGCAGUAGGAGAAAUCUUACAAGGAAUAUCAGAAAAAACUGAAGAUGAUAUCAGAGAAAUAUGUGAACAAUUAUUAAACAUGUUACAACCUGAAAAAUCUGCUAGCACAAAUGGACCUAGAAAAGUUUUGGAUGCACCAAUACAUUUGGCAUCCAUGAGUACUAAUGCAAUCGAAACUGAGGAUCUAAAGAGUAUAUGGCUACAAACAAGAGAUGACAGCUUAAAGGUUGAUGCACGAAAGUUGGAAAAGGCUGAGGCAAAAUUGCAACAAAAGCAGCAAAAACAGAAAGAUGCCAAGGUCCCGGUCUCCAUCCCAGUGUUACAGACUGCAACAGCAUCACAGGUCACCUCAAAGAAAGACAGCAAACUCGAAGCUAAAGGAACUAACAGGACUCAAGACAUAAGGAUAGAAAACUUUGAUAUAGCUUAUGGAGACAGAGUAUUAUUACAGGGCGCGGACUUAGUUCUUGCGUUCGGCAGACGGUACGGUUUGGUCGGACGCAACGGUUUGGGCAAGACAACAUUACUGCGCAUGAUCUCGUGCAAACAGCUGAAGAUACCUUCGCAUAUCUCCAUCCUGCAUGUGGAGCAGGAGGUGACUGGGGAUGACACAAUCGCAUUGCAGAGUGUUCUAGAAUGUGACACAGUUAGAGAGAAUCUGUUGAGGAGGGAGAAGGAGAUCACAACUGCUAUCAAUAAUGGAUCAACAGACCAGAACCUGUCAUCAGAGCUGACGGAGGUAUACGCGCAGCUGGAAAACAUCGAGGCAGACAAGGCGCCCGCGCGCGCCUCCAUCAUCCUCAGCGGGCUGGGCUUCACGCCCGAGAUGCAGGCGCGCGCCACCAGGACCUUCUCCGGCGGCUGGCGGAUGAGGCUCGCGCUGGCGCGGGCGCUGUUCUCCAAACCAGACCUCCUAUUACUCGACGAGCCCACAAACAUGUUGGACAUCAAAGCCAUCAUUUGGCUGGAGAACUAUCUGCAGAACUGGCCCACCACGCUUCUCGUGGUGUCCCACGACCGAAACUUCCUCGACACCGUGCCCACAGACAUCAUGCAUCUGCACACACAGAGGCUCGACACGUACAGAGGCAACUACGAACAGUUCCACAAGACGAAGACGGAGAAGCUGAAGAACCAGCAGCGCGAGUACGAGGCCCAGCAGCAGCACCGCGCGCACACGCAGGAGUUCAUCGACCGCUUCCGCUACAACGCCAACCGCGCCUCCUCCGUGCAGAGCAAGAUCAAGAUGCUGGAGAAGCUACCUGAACUGAAACCUAUUGAGAAAGAAGUAGACGUGGUCCUCCGGUUUCCAGAGACAGAACCACUUUCUCCUCCAAUAUUGCAACUGAAUGAAGUUGGGUUUUACUAUGCAAAGGACAAGGUCAUAUUCUCGAAUGUCAAUCUAGGAGCCACAUUGGAAUCGAGAAUAUGUAUAGUUGGUGACAACGGUGCGGGAAAAACGACGCUACUAAAGAUCAUAAUGGGCAUCCUGUCGCCCACCAGCGGCAUCCGCAGCGUGCACCGCGGCCUCAAGUUCGGCUACUUCUCGCAGCACCACGUGGACCAGCUCGAGAUGAACGUCAACUCCGUCGAGUUGCUGCAGAAGAGUUACCCAGGUAAAACAGUGGAAGAGUAUAGAAGACAACUGGGCAGUUUCGGUGUGAGCGGUGACUUGGCGCUGCAAACUGUCGCCAGCCUGUCCGGUGGUCAGAAGUCCAGGGUUGCGUUCUCGCGCAUGUGCAUGGGCAACCCAAACUUCCUUGUCCUCGACGAGCCCACCAACCAUUUGGACAUCGAGACCAUUGAAGCGUUGGGCAAAGGCAUCAACAAGUACACUGGAGGUGUUAUUCUGGUAUCUCACGACGAAAGGCUAAUACGAAUGGUGUGCAAAGAGCUUUGGGUAUGCGGCAACGGCUCCGUGGCCAGCAUAGAGGGCGGAUUCGACGAGUACCGCAAGAUUGUGGAGAAGGAGCUAGAAGCGCAAAACAAAUAGGAAAAUUUACUUAAAGCAAGUCGUGUCACCGUCGUAAAGUUAGCAAUUUCACAUAGAGCCCGGCUGAUACUGCCGUGCCGUGACAUUACACUGUGUUACCGCAAAACACUGUAUCUUCACAUAUAUGUGUUACUGCAAAACACUGUAUCUUCACGUAUAUGUGUUACUGCAGAACACUGUAUCUUCACAUAUAUAUUGAGUUACUGCAAAACACUAUCUUCAGAUGAAUGUAUUACAGCAAACCACAUUAUCUUCAGGUUACUGUGUUACUGCAAAACACUGUGUCUUCACAUAUAUAUUGUGUUACUGCAAAACACUGUAUCUUCACAUAUAUGUGUUACUGCAAAACAAUGUAUCUUCAUAUGAAAGUAUUACAGCAAACCACAGUAUCGUCAGGUUACUGUGUUACUGCAAGAUACUAUCUUUAGAUUACUGUGUUACGACAAAACAUUGUAUCUUCCGAUAAAUGUGUUAUUUCAAAACACUGUAUCUGCAUAUUACCGUGAUAUCGGAAAACAGCCAUGUUUUAAACAUUGAUUGAAACUUUACUUUACUUUAUUUUACUUCAGAGUAAAGUGGACCUAAUCACUACUAUUUGUACUUCACUUUACUUUGAAGUAGUUUUUCAAUUAUAAUCAAUGUUUAUAAAUACAGCUGCAAAUUUUUAGAUAUACCAGAUAUACAGAUUAGAUAGUAUUUUGCAAAAACCUUUAUGGCUCAUUUAAAUAAUAAUAAAGUUAAAAAAAUUAUCUUUCUAGAUGUUUUUAGAUACAGUGUUUUGUCACAGCGCGUCAGUAUUAUGCGUAUCCGUUUAUAGCUUUAUAGCUAGUUAUUGUUAUCGCCUUAUUAACAUUAAUAGUGUGUUUAAAAUUUUGCUGCUACUUACAAGAAUGUUACAGAAUUCUUGUUACAAAAUAAUGUGUUCAUAUAAAUGUCGUAUGCAAUAACAUAUCCGUAUGUUGGCUAUAUUUUGUGUAUUUUGUCUGAAAGAUGAUAUAUUUUCACUUGAGCUUAACUUCGUUACGGUUCAGUUAAGCCGUGAAAAUGUAAUAGACAGAUAGAGUUUCGCAUUUAUAUUCUUAGUAUGGAUAAAUUACGAAGGUAAAAGGAAUAAUAUCACUGCUAAGUAAGAAUUACAAAUAACGAGUAAUAUAUAACACCAAACUUUUUGGCCCGGUGAGGGUGUCGCUGCUGUCGCACUUUUAGUCACAGAAUAGAGAAUGAUACAGAAUGAGUCUCUACAAGCCGCUGGUGAAACCCAUAAAAAACAAACGUCACGCAUGCGUCUUCUUAACAUCCGUUUGUUGUUGCUAUCUACCAUGUACUAACUUUUUUCAUAAUUUGUAUUUCACUAACAACAAUUACGUAAAUUAAUAUUAUAAUAAACAAAAUAAAUAAUCAAUUUCUACCUGUAUAUAAAUACUCCAUCUUAUUUUAUUUUUUUGUUUUUCUGAACAAUUUUUAAAAUAUUUAAAAAUAUAAGUCGCCAUUUUUCUUGAAUAAUAUUGAAAAUUACUAAUGCGACGCUUCGUGUCGUACCGACGCUAGAAUGUAUUAGUUUUUGAAUUUGUAUUUGGAAUGGCUGCAUCACUGCCGCGUUCCGUUGCGCUCUAUCUGCUAUUAUUCUUUAAUCUGUCUUGUGUUUUGCAAAAUGGCGACCGCCAGCCGCGUUAGUUCCAGUUUUGGCCACCGAGUCAGAAAAGUUUAUGAUAAAUUAAAAUAAUGCGCUUUUAGGUAAAUGUAUGUUGGAUGUUUUAAUUUUAAAUCAGAUAUCAUUAUUAGGAGUUGUAUAAUAAACUAAAAUUUCCGAGGCGCCUUAUUAAAAUCGCAGUACUUGUACUUGGUAGUUACUUGAAUAAUAACAUUGGUAUUUAACUAUUCGUUGAUAUGUUUAUGAUAAGACAAAAAAAAAAUGUUUGGGUUCCUCAUAGAUUUGAUUAUUCAUUUUGCAUACAAAAUUAUCUCCUUGCAAUUAUUCAAAAAAAUAUUUGUGGAUGAUUUAAAAAGUACCUAUGUUAAAUUUUUCGUUUGAUUUUGUCUUCCAUUACAGUUUUAUAUUUUUAAUAUAAUAAUUUACAUAUCAUGUUCAUUUUGUUUGUUUUCUUUUUGUUUGAAAUUUUUGUUGUUAAUGUUACAUUAAAGAUUGGGUGACUGUACUUACUCGCUCUAUUAACUUAUAAGGCUCUGUGCAUUUGUAGGCAUGUUUUGUUACCGACAUUUAUCACUUACAAGCAGUGUUGCCAAUUUGUGGCAAUUAUCCCAAAUUUCGGGGAAUUUCAAUUCCAUUUAGGACUAUUCUUCCUAUAACACUUAUCUUUUUCUUUUUUUUUCUUUACAUGACAGUUUUCGAAAAAGUAUUUUAAAAUUUAGAUUAGAGACCUUUACUUGAAUUUUGUAUAUUUGAAGGAAUUAUAUUAAUAUUUGUUGCCCAUAUUAAAUCCAACUGGUAAUUGCCGUUAACGAUUGAUGAAAUAAAAAAAAAAAAACAUACAUACAGCCGAACGUAGAACCUCCUCCUUUUUGGAAGUCGGUUAAAAAAUACCGUGUUUAUUACGUCUAUUCCAUUUUGAAUUGCCUAUUUGCACAGAGUCAAAAAAUGAUUUAGAAAUAUUGUCAUACAAUAAUGCAAUUUGUAAAUAAAAAAAAUGAAAUUGGUUCGUCAUACUUUAAGAUCAGUAAGCAAUAAUUUUUUGUAGUUUAUAGCUUUUUAAACUGUUACGCGUAUCGUAAAAUAGCUAACUUCACUCGGACCACGACUUUUACACUGUGAUGACGAUUAGUGUAAAAAGUAACCUUAAAUUAUAAUAAUGUAAUAUAAUCUGUGUGUUAUUUAAAAUUUAUUCGUUUAUAUACCACUAUCUAUUACACUAAGGGACAAAUGAAAAUACUGAUAAUAUUUAA